AUGUCGACUCCUUCCCACUCUCACAGACCUCGCAAGAAGCGGAAACAAGGACUGACACUGAUUCGAAGUGACACCAUUGCAGACAUCGUCAAGGUUAAUGCUCAUGACAACUCCAUCACUCCCGAAUUUCCUCUGGUUGCUUUUUUAUGGCCCGCUCGGGGGACGACGUCUCAAUGGAUUGUUUUGCCCUUGGUCCUGAUGAUUGCAGCCGUCUUUAGAUGGAGUAUUGGUCUCUGGGGUUACUCCGGAUACCAGCAGCCACCAAUGUAUGGGGAUUUUGAAGCUCAAAGACAUUGGAUGGAGAUUACGAUCCAUCUGCCCGUGUCCAGUUGGUACUUUCAUGACCUCCAAUAUUGGGGCCUUGACUACCCGCCGUUGACAGCUUAUCAUAGCUGGCUCUGCGGCAGCGUGGGAUCGAUUUUCAGCCAGGACUGGUUUUCUCUCGACACAUCUCGUGGGAUGGAAGACCCCAACCUCAAGGUAUUCAUGCGAGCGACUGUCGUGGUGUCGGAAUAUCUCGUCUAUGUGCCUGCAUUGAUUAUAUUUCUUCGCCAUUUCAGCCGGGCACAGGGGACUGGGACCACUUCAUCUUCAAUCGCCCUCGUUGCUAUCCUGAUGCAGCCUGCCAACAUUCUCAUUGACCACGGCCACUUCCAGUACAACACCGUCAUGCUCGGCUUCGUCGUUGCCGCCUUGUCGAGCAUGUACGCCGGGCGGCCUUUAUGGUCUUGCUUGUUUUUUGUCGCCGCUCUGGGAUUCAAGCAGAUGGCCCUAUACUAUUCACCUGUCAUCUUUGCAUACCUUCUAGGGUCUUGUCUCACUCCAAAGUUCCGCAUGGGUCGACUCUUAUCGAUCGCAAUGACCACGAUUCUGGCAUUCGCCACUUUGUUCGCGCCCCUACUGCUGGGUGCACUUUAUGAUCUGUAUCAGAGGACACCUCUUUCUUCGCCACCAACACCACCAUUCCUUGCCGAACGUGGUGUCACCCUCAAUUCCCACUCGCCACUUGGGGUGAUCACCCUGCAAAUUAGUCAGGUCCUCCACCGGAUGUUUCCUUUUGCUCGUGGACUGUUUGAAGACAAAGUGGCCAACUUUUGGUGCUUCACCAAUACAUUCUACAAAUUGCGAAAACUCCAGGGAACAAUUGAUCUCCCGCGGCUUUCAGCCAUAUUUACUCUCGGCUCCAUCCUCGGACCAAUGCUCGUCAUCGGCGCUGUUCCCAAAAAGUCACUCCUCCCUUACGCUUUGGCGACAUCGGCGUGGGGAUUUUUCCUCUUCUCAUUCCAAGUCCACGAAAAGUCCGUGCUCCUACCAUUACUUCCAAUGACGCUAUUGCUUGGAGGCAAGCAGGGUCUCGGCAAGGAAUACAGAGCAUGGAUUGGCUGGGCAAAUAUGCUGGGCGUGUGGACAAUGUACCCCCUCCUAAAGAGAGAUGGUCUCCAAGUACCCUACUUUGUGGUCUCACUCCUGUGGUGCUACCUCCUGGGUCUCCCACCAACCAGCGUCAAUGCAUACUACGACCCUGACCACGAUAAUGUUCCCGGCCGACCUCUGGCCCCGGAUGAAAUGUACACGCCGACUAAAAUAUUGCAUUUCCAAACAUAUCUCGUCAUGGCAUUCUGGCAUCUUUUGGCGGCAUUUGCCAUUCCCCCUGAUGAUAAGCCUGACCUUUGGGUUGUUGUCAACUCCUGUAUUGGGGCCGUUGCUUUCGGAAUUUGCUAUCUCUGGUGUUUCUGGAAAUUGGUAUUGGAAAGCGGGUUACUUGACCAAUAUGUUGGGGAUCGCAACGUCAAUGCUAAUCAGCCUAUUUCCAUGGAGCAGUCAGCCUCUCCAGAGAAGAAGAUCAAGUAA